AUGGCCGAGGGUUUGUUGCAGCGAUUCAGCACGAUCGGUAGUGUGAUCGGCAGUAGCAGCACUAGCAUGCCACCGAUUGAUACGACCAGUAUCACUCAGCGCAUUCAUCACGAACCUCCGCCAUUACUUACCGGCGGAAAGUAUCCCGUGUACGGACCGGGCACUGGACCAGAGCUGUACGAGGACGAAACCGGUGAAUAUUGGCAUGGUCCGGAGGGCAACGGAGCGGGUGGAUUUUUCCCCAGCUUUCUGCCCUGGGGCCAGGGACCACAAGGAGCACAUCCGGUUCCGCCACCACCCCCACCACCACCACCUCCACCGGGCUAUCCACUGUACCGUGGACCGUACGGAGGACCGUUUAACAAGGGACUACGUUUUAAGGGCGCUUCCGUGGCGGUGCUGACACUGUUGGCUUUUCUGUUCUUUUUGAGCAUUCUGCAGAACUACAUCCGCGACUAUUCGACGACAUCGCAACCAACCGUAAUAUUGCUGUCGGCCGGAGCGACGAAGGAAAACUUACCGAUCUAUCCGUACCGCAUCCGGCAGAAGGUAGGCCAGCGUGGUGAUGAACCACCGUCCCGUUUCGACGAUGAUGACGAUGCGGAUCCGAUCGAUGAGACUUCUGACCAGGGCGAAGGGACCUCGACCGCGGGUGGAUAUCGGGCACGGAUCAGGAAGGGAUCGACACAUCAUCGGCCCCAUCAUAAAGGCAGCAACGGCAAGCCAGUGCCCUCGGGGAAUGUAUCGCCCGUACCGUCCAGUGCACCGUUCGGGGAUAUUUUCAAGGUAAACGGAUUGUGA